ACAAAUGGCAUCCCCAAAGCCUGAAGCUGUCUCUAGCACCUGUAAAAUGCAAGCCUUACGCUGUGUGCUUACCUGAGGUGUCAUUCCCUGAUAUCAAUCCCACCUCUGGAGAAGCCAGGGCGUUAUUCAAGGCCUACAAAAUGAAGCGCAAGCAGCUGAGAUUCACAACACAGAACAAAGAUCCUUCAAGUUUAGCAGAUCCAGUGGAUACAGAUACAUCUGAUCCAGCAAUGGACAUAAGCCCUAUGCAUGAUGUUGCCACAGCUAUCAAUUUAAGAAGACUACAGAGGAAGGCCAAGCACAUUCUCCUUCACUGGCUGAAUCACUACAGAUUUGUAUUGGGAAUGGAAUCACUGCACAUUUGCAAAAUACCCAUGUUUCCACAUGAAGUAGUCAGGAAACAAGAAGUCUCGUCAGAAAAACUGUCUCUGAAACAAUGUGCAAAGGAAAAAGACAUAGAGAAGGAGUAUCUUCAAUACCGAAAUACUUUCCUGGAGCUGAAGGGUGUCUAUAAGCCUUCACCUCUCCGUCGCACCCAGAGGACCCCAGCCAGCAAUCGGUCCUUCCGGGUUCCCCUUCCCAUUGAAAGCAAGGAUACAUGGUUUGCUUCCCAGCUGAUUUGUCCUGCGGUCCUAAGGAGAAUAUUGCAUGGGGAGGACAGGGACAUAUGCCGAUGUAGCCCUCACAGCAUCCCUGAAGUGACAGACCUGGAGUAUGAUCACCUUAUAAGCAGGCAGCUGUCCUCUCUGGAUCAGAUCAUCAUAGUCUGUGUGUUCUCAGCCAAGGAGAAGGACAAGACUAUAAAUGAAGUGGCCAAAGUAUAUAGAGAACUGAAUAGAUCUAGAAGCAUGCCUUGCAUUCAGAGUCAAUUGGAUUCCUUUCGAUUGCUCAAGUACAACAUCACCUCUGCAUCUAAAUUUACAGGCAGCAGUUGUCCACUUCUGGUUCAAAGGCACAAUGUCAUCCCAGGAAUUUUUUUGAUGUACAUUCGGGGAAAAUUACUAUUUGCCAACUUUAUUUUCAAUGGCUAUAGCACAUCUCCUGAAGACCUUCAAAAGCAAAUUGUGAAGACAAGGAAUGAUUAUCAAAUGGGAUAUUUCCUACCCAAUGACUUCAGAAUCUGCAAUCACACUGAGUAGAAUCACUUUCCUCUCACAACUAUACUCAAAGAGAAGCUUGCUCCCUCUACCACCAAGCCAGGUUUGGCGUUGUGACUAUCUCUUCUGGAAUGGCAAUCUCAACUCAAGAAAUGGUCUUAAUCUAUUUCAUGUCUUGGAAGUGAAGAUAUAUUUCUCUCUAAACAACAAAAACAAAAAGCCAAAGAAAUUCUUAACAGCA